GCGAGUAACACCUCGCUUUCAUCGGCUUACUUAAUACGGAACUUGGAUAUUUCCUUCUAGCCGGAUUUCAUUCGAGGAGGGAACGAUGCUACCGAACAACUUCAAGGAUCGCGCGAAGAUGGCUUUCAACUAUGCUGAUGUGGACUGCAAAGGAUCUUUGACCAAACGGCAGUAUAAAAUAGCCAUGACGGCUGUUUUCGGAUGUCGGCCGGACAAAACAGAAGUGAGGCAAGCGUUUCAAUCUACCGAAAGAAUUUCGUACGAACUAUUUGAGCUGUGGGUGUCUAAGAAAUGCAUCGCGAACGAUUCGCAAGUCAACGCGGAAGUACUGUUCGCUUUAUUGGAUAGAGAUUACAAGGGUUACCUGGUAUUGGAGGACUUCUAUUCGGCGAGUAAGGCUGUGGAUUUGAAGGUAUAUUCGCCGGUAUGGCAAAUGGUGUUCAAGGAACUGGAUCGUCAAAGAAAGGGACGUCUUGGUUUCGACGAGUUCUUAUGUAUAUUGCCAGCAGCAUACGAAUGUACAACGAGGUAGAC